GCCGCCGCCGCUCCUGACGCCGACAUGGGCGGCUGCGUGGGGCGGCAGCGCCGGGAGCGGCCCGCCGCCGGCAACCCGCGCAAGCGAGCAGGCCGCAACGAGCCCUUGAAGAAGGAGCGUCCCAAGUGGAAGAGCGACUACCCCAUGACGGACGGGCAGCUGCGCAGCAAGCGGGACGAGUUCUGGGACACGGCGCCCGCCUUCGAGGGCCGCAAGGAGAUCUGGGACGCCCUGAAGGCAGCUGCCUACGCCGUGGAGGCCAACGACCACGGCCUGGCGCAGGCCAUCCUGGACGGAGCCAGCAUCACCCUGCCCCACGGGUCCCUGACCGAGUGCUACGACGAGCUGGGCAACCGGUACCAGCUGCCCGUGUACUGCCUGGCGCCGCCCGUCAACCUGAUCCUGGAGCGGGGCGACGAGGAGAGCGCCGAGCCCGGCGAGCCCCUGCCCAGCGCCCGGCGGGAGUUCGCCCUCAAGGUGCGCCUCUCCACGGGCAAGGACCUGCGGCUCAACGCCAGCAUGGGUGAUACCAUCGGGCAGCUGAAGAAGCAGCUGCAGGCGCAGGAGGGCAUCGACUUGGCCUGGCAGCGCUGGUUCUUCUCCGGGAAGCUGCUCACUGACCGCACGCGGCUGCAGGAGACCAAGAUCCAGAAGGAUUUUGUCGUGCAAGUGAUCGUGAACCAGCCCCUGCCGCCCAGGAACUGAGCUCCCGCCCGCACGGGCCUGGCGGGACGGGGCUGGGGCUGCCAGGGCCGGGAGCUCCCGUCCCAUGCAGGGCACAGCAGCAGCCCCGGCGGUGCUCCUGGCGCCCUAUUGCACCUGGAGCCCCCAGUGCUGGCGUGGGGCAGCCCCAUUUCCCCUCCCCAAAGCUCCUGGGCCCACCAAGGUGCCCCCAGGUUGGGUCUUCCCUCGGAAAGGGCUGCGCAGGGCUGUGCCCACCAUGGUGGCCCCGCUCCGCUGGGGCACGGGCACGCGCCGCGUUUGCUGCAGAAGGUCCCAGACCAAAGGUCUCCCGGGGGGCCGGCGUGCCCAGGGCCCCGCUGCGGGCAGCCCCCGCGGGGAGAGGCUGUGACCUGCUGGCCCCAGCCUGGAGGCCGGGCCGGGGCUCCCGCUCCCUGGGGCUGGGAGCCCCCGGGGUGCUGGGCUGGGUGGAGAUGUCUCCCCUCUGUACAUAGUCUGUAUUUAUCAAUAAAGCCUUUUCAUCCUUC